UCGCCCGACGGGUCAGUGCUGACAGUUGCUUGUGAACAGACUGAAGUUCUUCUUUUUGAUCCUAUAUCUUCAAAGCACAUAAAAACACUUUCUGAAGCUCAUGAAGACUGUGUAAAUAAUAUAAGAUUUCUUGAUAACCGGCUGUUUACUACCUGCUCUGAUGACACUACAAUAGCACUAUGGGAUCUGAGAAAAUUGAACACCAAAGUAUGCACUUUACAUGGUCACACUAGCUGGGUGAAGAACAUCGAAUAUGAUACUAAUACAAGACUCUUAGUAACGUCAGGAUUUGAUGGAAAUGUCAUUAUUUGGGACACCAACAGGUGUACAGAAGAUGGGUGUCCGCAUAAGAAAUUCUUUCACACACAUUUUCUCAUGCGAAUGAGAUUAACACCAGAUUGUUCCAAAAUGUUGAUCUCAACGUCCUCUGGAUAUCUUUUGAUUUUGCAUGAUCUUGACUUAACCAAGUCUUUAGAAGUAGGCAGCUAUCCCAUUUUGAGAGCAAGAAGAACUACAUCAAGUUCAGAUCUUACCACUUCGUCGAGUUCAUCUGGUCCUAGAGUUUCUAAUUCACCUUGUCAUCACAGUGAUUCUAAUUCAUCUUCUGAGAAACAUAUGUCACAGGCCUCUCAAAGAGAAGGAGUUUCACCACGA